AUUUGGUUAAGUUGGAUAUGGGAUAUAACAUGCUUAAUGGUCCAAUGCCUUCAUCUAUUAGUCAAUUAACUAGUUUGACUUCUCUCGAUCUCUCUUCAAAUAUUAUCAGCGGUUCCAUUCCUCCGGAAAUAGGAAAGCUAAAAAAUUUGGUUAGCCUAGAUAUGGGAUCAAAUAUGCUUAGUGGUCCAAUCCCUUCAUACAUUGGUCAAUUGACCAAUCUGAUCCUUUUGUAUCUUUCUUUAAAUCGAUUCAAUGGUUCCAUCCCUCCAGUAAUAUGGAAGCUAAAGAAUUUGCGAAAGAUUUCUAUGCAUGAUAACUUGUUUAGUGGUCCAAUCCCUUCAUCUUUUGGUCAAUUGUCCAAUUUGAUCUUUCUAGAUCUCUCUUCAAAUAGAAUUGGCGGCUCCAUCCCUCAUGAGAUUUGGAAACUAAAGAAUUUGCAAGUGAUUAAUAUGGGUCAUAACAUACUUAGUGGUCCAAUCUCUUCAUUUUUGGGUGAAUUGAUAGAUUUGACAUAUUUAGAUCUUUCUUCAAAUCGACUCAACGGUUCCAUCCCUCCAGAAAUAGGAGAUUUGACGCACUUGUCUUACUUGGACUUGAGCAGCAACUUCCUCGCAGGUCGGAUUCCAUGGUCUCUAGAUCAAUUGACAAAUCUUUACUCUCUUAAUCUGUCUGCAAAUCAGAUGGACGGAAUGGUACCACCUGAUCUUGGGGGUUUGCCCAGCCUUAGUGAGCUUGAUUUGUCAUCGAACCAACUUUCAGGCCACAUACUAAACCUCCAAUUCACCAAUGCAAUUCAGUAUCUAGACCUCUCGCAGAAUCAGCUCAUCGGGCCUCUCCCUGAGAAGCUAGGACAACUCAGCAAUUUGUUUUACCUAGGAUUGAGUAACAACUAUUUGAAUGGAAUAAUACCAACUGGAUUAGCAUCUUUGCCGUUAGAGUACUUAAAUCUCUCCCACAAUAAUCUCUCUGGUGAAAUCCCCAUUGGUUUUACCGGAAGGCAUGGAUCUGUUGACUUGUCAAACAAUGCUUUCGAGGGUCAAAUACCACAUAGAUGUCAACAUGCACAUCUAAAGAAGGAAGAAGUCCUGCAUAUUCUCUUCAUUUCCCUUCCCCUUAUUGCAAUUUUUCUUGCUUUAAUUGGAUUUAUGUUCCUUUGUCGGGCCAAGGUUAAAUACAACCAAAGCGUGGCAAGAGUGAUUAAGAAUGGAGAUAUGUGCUUGAUUUGGAAUUAUGAUGGAAAAAUUGCCUACAAAGACAUCAUCGCGGCAACAAAUGAUUUUGACAUUAGAUAUUGCAUAGGAACAGGUGGUUAUGGCAGUGUUUAUAGAGCACAAUUGCCCAGUGGCAAGGUAUUUGCAUUGAAGAAACUUCAUCGUUUUGAAGCUGAGGAUCCAAAUUUUGACAAGAGUUUCAAGAAUGAGGUGCAAAUGUUAACUAAAAUACGACAUCGAAAUAUAGUGAAGCUUUAUGGGUUUUGUUUGCACAACAAAUGCAUGUUCCUGGUGUAUGAAUAUUUGGAAAGGGGAAGCUUGUUUUGUUCCUUGAGAAUUGAUGUUGAAGCUGUUGAAUUGGGAUGGACUCAGAGGGUAAACAUUAUUAAAGCAAUAGCACAUGCUUUAUCCUAUUUGCAUAAUGAUUGCAACCCACCUAUAGUUCACCGAGACAUAUCGAGCAACAACAUUCUAUUGAACUCUGAAUUGGAGGCUUGUGUAUCUGACUUUGGCACCGCCAGGCUGUUAUAUCCCGAUUCAUCGAAUCAAACAGUAAUUGCAGGCACUUAUGGAUAUAUUGCCCCAGAACUUGCCUACACUAUGGUUGUGACUGAAAAAUCUGAUGUUUAUAGCUUUGGGGUAGUUGCACUAGAAACAAUCAUUGGAAAGCAUCCAGGAGAACUCCUUUCAUCAUUGGCAUCGUUGUCUGCACAAAAUAUAAUGCUAAGUGAUAUCUUAGACUCACGCCUUCCGCAUCCAACUAAUCCAACAGUUGUACGGAACAUUGUGCUAGCUACUGCGUUGGCAUUUGCAUGUGUGCAUUCUGAGCCGAGAUCUCGUCCAACAAUGCUAUUUGUAUCUCAAGAGUUGCUUGUUUGCAAGAAGACUUUAGCUACACCUUUUCGCGCGAUUUCACUACGACAACUAUUGAAUCCAGAAUUGGAUUUUACAUGAAUAAAGGAAUAAAGUCCAUGCAGGAAUUUCCCAUUGAGAAUUUUUUUUUUUUUUUUUGAAAUGUUGAGUAUCAUAAAUAUCUUUUUCAAUAAUGCUAUACAUAUCAUUUUUUAUACUACUUUUCAUAUACCACCUUAUGUGUUAACUCAUUAUUGGUGUAAUGGGUUUCACCACUUAUAUUUAUGUCAAAUGAUGUGCUAAUUAACACAUAGGGUGGUACACAAAAUGUGGUACAAAGAAAUGGUAAGUGUAGAAUUACGCUAUUUUAUUAUUAUUAUUAUUAGUUUUGGGUGUUAUAACUGUUAUGUAUGACGCUUGCUAUGUAUCACCAUUUGAAUUUCAGCAACUGUUUUUCAAGUCACAUAGUGU